AUGAGAGAAGCGAUAAUUGUUAAUAGCGGCAACAAGAUCCCCGUCUUAGCUUUCGGUACAGCGGCUCCUCAUCUCGGUAAAGACUGUUCAAAAACGGUAUUGCUAGCAUUGCGGAAGGGAAUAAGGCACAUCGAUACUGCUCAAUUGUACUGUAACGAAGAAUAUGUCGGUAAAGCACUGAAAAUGUGGGGAGGUGACAGAGAAGAAGUCUAUAUAACCGCCAAGUGGGGAUGUCAAGGAGAUGCAUUAAAUGAUCCUCGGAAAGCUUUAGAGGAUAGCUUGAGAAAUUUGAAGCUCGAUUAUGUUGAUAUGUUCUUGAUGCAUAGUCCGAUUACGAUUAAGCCGUAUACUAUCGCCGAAGCAUGGCGAAUCAUGGAGGCCCUACAAGCAGAGGGGAAAUGCGUUGAUAUAGGAGUAUCAAACUUUGGACACCUCGAUAUUCUCGAAUUGAGCAAAAGUUGGAAAGUGGUACCCGCGGUCAAUCAGAUCGAGUUUUCACCUUAUAACGCACAUGACCCUCGAUGCAAAUCGGCCAUUGAAAUAUGUCAAGAAAAUGAUAUAGUCAUCUUUCGCUUUGGCUGUCUUCAACCUCUUUCCUUGCAUGAUCCGCCACUCCCUCUCAACCCCGUUAUACAGAGAAUCGCAGAGGAGAAUGCACUGACAGUAGGUCAAGUAUUACUUAAAUGGGCAAUGCACGAGAUGGAAGGUCCUGUCGUAACUACGACCGAUAAACCUCAUAGGAUAGACGAGUACAUCCAAGCGUUCCAAAAACCAGCUCUGAGUGAACAAGAUUUGAAAGAUACAAGAGAAGCGGGUAAGGGAAGGUAUUUCAGGAGGUAUCUAGAUCCAUUCCGACCGUGA